UCGACACUUGUUUUUACUUUCAGUUUAACUCAUGCUUGUCACAUGAGACGCCUGAAUGCUCCACCGUUGUUAGAAUCGAUUUGCAUACCGUCCAGACUCGGCAUAUCUGGAUUUAAGCUUGUUUUGACUUUUCGAAUCUUUUCCUUCGACUCGGGCUUAUGGUGUCGCGUUUGAGUGUCGAAUUAACGGUUUUGUUUGAAGGAUUGACGCGAAGGACAGGAGAGACAAGUGAAAACGUUCAGCAACGCUCCAGUUAUCAGAGAAAAUGAGAUUUUAUUGUUAUAAGGAAUUUGUGAUGUGUAUCUUAUUUAUCAUGGAUAUUAAGUGUUCGGAAAAUGAAAUUAAAGAUACCGACCAAUCGGAUUACGAUAAAAAACUAUACUAUCCUCCACCCAGAAUGAGAUUUUUUGACGAACUCGGAUUGAUUCCCCAAUCUUGCCGUUACAAAGGGGUGAAGUACGAGUGCGGACUGAGCAUUAGCUGCGUCCUGGGCGGCGGCCGCCCUCUGGAUCUUUGCUCGGGCGGCAUGAUUUGGGCCUGUUGCGUCGAUAGGGACUCGCCCGGACACACCCCUACGGUCCAUCAACCCGAUGUAGGUGUCCUCAAUAAUGCUAGCUGUGGAGAGCUUUACACGAGGAGUAACAGGAUAGUGGGUGGGCAUUCCACAGGGUUCGGAUCUCAUCCGUGGCAAGUGGCGUUGAUAAAAACUGGGUUUUUGUCGAAAAAACUCGCCUGCGGAGGAGCUUUAGUGAAUGAGCGUUGGAUCAUAACGGCAGCUCACUGCGUGGCCACCACCGCCAACGGCAACAUACGCGUCCGUCUGGGCGAAUGGGACGUCAGAGACCAGGACGAGAAGCUGCAACACGAGGAAUACACCAUCGAGCGGAAGGAAGUGCAUCCUUCCUACUCGCCGUCCGAUUUCAAGAAUGACGUCGCGCUCGUGAAGUUGGACAGAAACGUCAAGUUCAAGCAGCACAUCAUCCCCGUCUGCUUACCAUCGCCCACGUUAAAGUUACCGGGUAAAAUGGCAACAGUGGCUGGUUGGGGAAGGACAAGGCACGGUCAGGCAACAGUUCCUUCGACUCUUCAGGAAGUGGACGUAGAAGUGAUACCAAAUGAGCGUUGCCAAAGAUGGUUUAGAGCGGCUGGAAGACGGGAAACAAUACACGAUGUGUUUCUGUGUGCUGGAUACAAAGAGGGUGGACGAGAUUCCUGUCAAGGAGACUCAGGGGGGCCCUUGACCCUAACCGUAGACGGUAGAAGGACCCUAAUAGGAUUAGUGUCCUGGGGUAUAGGCUGUGGUAGAGAACACUUACCCGGGGUGUACACAAACAUUCAAAAGUUUGUGCCGUGGAUUGACAAAGUUAUGGCUUAAACCUAAACAGUUAUCCCUGUGCCAGUGUGAAGUGAAUUCUAGCAAAAUAGAUGUUUUUCGGGAAUUUCGUACCUAAACAAUUGUAAAUAUACAAUUUUUUAUGAAGAAUUUCGUAAAGCAUUAAAAAUAUUUAAAAUUAAUGGAAAUAAGUAUUUGUUGGGAAUGUAAAGGCAGGAAAUAAUGUAGGAGCCAAGUCAGGACUUUUAGGGGGCUUAAUCAGUCAUCUUUCUUAACUUUUCUUCUGUAGUAGGAGCCAUGGCACCACCUAUUCUUUCUCCAAAAAAUAUUUUUUAUCUUUAAAAUUUUAUAUUAUGUGAAGUUACCAGAAACGGUAUAAAUAUU